AUGGCGAGGUUCACGGCGGUUUCCCUCCGUGCCGCCCUUGCGUUUGCCGCUGGCGUGUAUUCGCAAUCAUGCAUUGGCAGUGAUGGGGCCAAGGUCUAUGAGGCCGAGAACGGUGUUCUCUCUGGAACGACCCUCGACACCGCCCAGGCUGGCUUCACUGGUACCGCAUACGUGACCGGAUUCGAGGACGACACUGACAAGCUCACCAUCAACAUCGACUGCACGGGUGAUGGCCAGAAGCUCUUCGAUUUGAGCAUCAGAUACGCCGGCAUCUACGGCGAGAAGCGCACCAAUGUUGUUCUCAACGGCGGCGCUGCCAGCGAGGUUCUUCUUGCUGCCGGUGAAACCUGGGCCAACGUAUCUGCGGGUCAAUUGCUGCUCAACGAAGGCAACAACACGAUCGACAUCGUGAAGAACUGGGGAUGGUACCUGAUCGACUCAGUCACUCUCACCCCCUCCGCCGCCCGCGGCCCUCACAAUAUCAACGAGGCUCUCGUCAACGCGAACGCCAAUGCCGACGCCAAGGCUCUCUACUCUUACCUCCGCUCCAUCUACGGCAAGAACAUCCUCUCAGGCCAACAGGAGCUGUCAUAUUCCAACUGGAUCAAUGAGCAGAUCGGCAAGCUUCCUGCGCUGGUCAGCGUCGACUUGAUGGAUUACUCUCCUAGUCGCGUGGAGCGCGGCACUGUCGGCACCGCGGUCGAGGAGGCCAUCACGCACCACAAGCGCGGCGGUAUCGUCUCUGUGCUCUGGCACUGGAAUGCACCCACCGGUCUGUACGACACCGAGGAGAACAAGUGGUGGAGCGGUUUCUACACGCGCGCCACCGACUUCGACGUCAACGCUGCUCUCGCCGACACCACCAACGCCAACUACACUCUCAUCAUUCGUGACAUUGAUGCCAUCGCCGUCGAGCUCAAGAAGCUUCAGGAUGCCGGCGUGCCGGUACUCUGGCGACCGUUGCAUGAGGCCGAAGGCGCCUGGUUCUGGUGGGGUGCCAAGGGCCCCGAGGCGUGCAAGAAGCUUUAUGCUCUGUUGUAUGACCGCCUCACGAACCACCAUGAGCUGAACAACCUGAUCUGGAUCUGGAACUCAAUUGCCGAGGCUUGGUACCCUGGUGAUGAGACCGUUGACAUUCUGAGCGCCGACGUCUAUGCUCAGGGCCACGGGCCAAUGACCACCCAAUACAACGACCUCAUUGCCCUCGGCGAAGACAAGAAACUCAUUGCCGCUACCGAGGUCGGCAGUGCGCCAUUCCCCGACUUGCUCCAGGCAUAUGAGGCUCACUGGCUCUACUUCUGCGUGUGGGGUGAUACUUUCAUCAACAACGCCGAGUGGAACAGUGUCGCGGAUCUGAAGACGAUCUAUGAAAGUGAGUACGUGCUCACUUUGGAUGAGAUUCAGGGGUGGCGCGGAUAA